AACAUGAACCACUAUGCUAAUAAGAAGAGUGCAGCUGAGAGCAUGCUGGAUGUGGCACUACUGAUGGCCAACGCUUCCCAGCUAAAGGCUGUGCUGGAGCAGGGGCCAAACAUCUCUUUUUACACUCCCAUCAUCACCUUAAUCAGCAUCUCCCUCUGUCUGCAGGUCGCAGUCGGGGUCCUGCUCAUCUUCAUAGUUCGAUGGAACCUGAAUGAUGAGCAAAAGCAUUGGAGGCUGAACAUUAUGGAAAACUUGGCCACAUGCCUGACUUUUAUCAUCGUGGUAGUCAACGUCUUCAUCACAGCCUUUGGAGUCCACCGGCCGAACCGCAGCGACUGA